GGAAGGAGGCGCCGCCGUGGCCGUGGCCGCCGUGCUCCGGAGCGACAAGCCAUGAGCGGCGGCCCCUCGGGCGACCCCGUUGUCGCUGGCCGCCGCUGAGCUCGACCCGGAGGCAGCUCACCGCUCCCCAGCACCUUCUCCAGCCGGCAGCCCCGCGCUCGGAGAAACAUGAUUCCAGUGACAGAAUUCCGGCAGUUCUCUGAGCAGCAGCCUGCCUUCCGGGUGCUGAAGCCAUGGUGGGAUGUGUUUACCGACUACCUCUCGGUGGCCAUGCUGAUGAUUGGUGUGUUUGGAUGUACUUUACAGGUCAUGCAAGACAAGAUAAUCUGCCUUCCGAAAAGAGUGCAGCCUGCUCAGAACCAGUCUUCCGUUUCGAAUGUCUCUCAGGCAGUUGCCAGUACCACCCCACUGCCUCCACCUAAACCAUCUCAUACCAACCCUGUCACUGUGGAAAUGAAAGGACUGAAGACAGACUUGGACCUUCAGCAGUACAGCUUCAUAAACCAGAUGUGUUACGAGCGAGCCCUCCACUGGUAUGCCAAGUAUUUCCCUUACCUUGUCCUAAUCCACACCCUGAUCUUCAUGCUCUGUAGUAACUUUUGGUUCAAAUUCCCUGGCUCCAGCUCCAAAAUAGAACAUUUUAUCUCCAUCCUGGGGAAGUGUUUUGACUCUCCCUGGACAACACGGGCUUUAUCUGAAGUGUCUGGGGAGGACUCAGAAGAAAAGGACAACAGGAAGAACAACAUGAACAGGUCCAACACCAUCCAGUCUGGUCCAGAAGGCAGCCUGGUCAACUCUCAGUCCUUAAAGUCAAUUCCUGAGAAGUUUGUGGUUGAUAAAUCCACUGCAGGAGCUCUGGAUAAAAAGGAAGGUGAGCAAGCAAAAGCCUUAUUUGAGAAGGUAAAGAAGUUCAGACUGCAUGUGGAAGAAGGUGAUAUACUAUAUGCCAUGUAUGUUCGCCAGACUGUACUUAAGGUUAUCAAAUUCCUAAUCAUCAUUGCAUAUAAUAGUGCUCUGGUUUCCAAAGUCCAGUUUACAGUGGACUGUAAUGUUGACAUUCAGGACAUGACUGGAUAUAAAAAUUUUUCUUGCAAUCAUACCAUGGCACACUUGUUCUCAAAACUCUCCUUUUGCUACCUGUGCUUUGUAAGUAUCUAUGGAUUGACGUGCCUUUAUACCUUAUACUGGCUGUUCUACCGUUCUCUAAAGGAAUAUUCUUUUGAGUAUGUCCGGCAGGAGACUGGAAUUGAUGAUAUUCCAGAUGUGAAAAAUGACUUUGCUUUUAUGCUUCAUAUGAUAGAUCAAUAUGACCCUCUCUAUUCCAAGAGAUUUGCAGUGUUCCUGUCUGAAGUCAGUGAAAACAAAUUAAAGCAGCUGAACUUAAAUAACGAGUGGACUCCUGAUAAACUGAGACAGAAGCUACAGACGAAUGCCCAUAAUCGACUGGAACUGCCUCUUAUCAUGCUCUCUGGCCUUCCAGACACUGUCUUUGAAAUCACAGAGUUGCAGUCUCUAAAACUGGAGAUCAUUAAGAACGUAAUGAUACCAGCCACCGUCGCGCAGCUAGACAAUCUCCAAGAGCUCUCUCUACAUCAGUGCUCUGUCAAAAUCCACAGUGCGGCGCUCUCCUUCCUGAAGGAAAACCUCAAGGUCUUGAGUGUCAAGUUUGACGACAUGAGGGAGCUGCCCCCCUGGAUGUAUGGACUCCGGAAUCUGGAAGAGCUCUAUCUGGUUGGCUCUCUAAGUCAUGAUAUUUCCAAAAAUAUCACCCUUGAAUCUCUGCGGGAUCUCAAAAGCCUUAAAAUUCUCUCUAUCAAAAGCAACGUUUCCAAAAUCCCUCAGGCAGUGGUUGAUGUUUCCAGCCAUCUCCAGAAGAUGUGUAUACACAAUGAUGGUACCAAACUGGUGAUGCUCAACAACUUAAAGAAGAUGACCAACCUGACAGAGCUGGAACUAGUCCACUGUGACCUGGAGCGCAUUCCUCAUGCCGUGUUCAGCCUGCUCAGCCUGCAGGAACUGGACCUGAAGGAAAAUAAUCUGAAAUCUAUAGAAGAAAUUGUUAGCUUUCAGCACUUGAGAAAGCUGACAGUGCUAAAACUGUGGCAUAACAGCAUCACCUAUAUCCCAGAGCAUAUAAAGAAACUCACCAGCCUGGAACGUCUGUCCUUUAGUCACAAUAAAAUAGAAGUGCUGCCUUCCCACCUCUUCCUAUGCAACAAAAUUCGAUACUUGGACUUAUCCUACAAUGACAUUCGAUUUAUCCCACCUGAAAUCGGAGUUCUACAAAGUUUACAGUAUUUUUCCAUCACUUGUAAUAAAGUGGAAAGCCUUCCAGAUGAACUGUACUUCUGCAAGAAACUUAAAACUCUGAAGAUUGGGAAAAACAGCCUAUCAGUACUUUCACCGAAAAUUGGAAAUUUACUAUUUCUUUCCUAUUUGGAUGUUAAAGGCAAUCACUUUGAAAUCCUCCCUCCUGAACUGGGUGACUGUCGGGCUCUGAAGCGAGCUGGGUUAGUUGUGGAAGAUGCUCUGUUUGAAACUCUGCCUUCUGAUGUCCGGGAGCAAAUGAAAACAGAAUAA